CGAUCACGAGCAUCGAGCAGCAACACUCACAGCACCACCCCACCACCACACAUCGCCACCAUGCACCUCAUGUACACCCUCGACGCCAGCGGCAACCGCGUCUACACCGUCAAGAAGGUUGUCGCGGGCAAGCCGUCCAAGUCGGCGCACCCCGCGCGCUUCUCCCCCGAUGACAAGUUCUCCCGGCACCGUGUGACGAUCAAGAAGCGGUGAGUCGGGCAGCUGGGGGCCACGGGCGCGGGGCAGGGCAGAAGUGGAGGUUGAGCGAGCAUGAGGAAGAUUGUGCCGUGUAUGACCUGCGCAGCUCAGAGACAGAUGCUGCAUUCCUGCGAUACCAGCGAUCUGCCUUUCCCUCCCGCCUACUUUGCCUCCUGCUGGUGAAGCCGGGCUCCGGAAAUUGAGAGAACCCGCUGACGCCAGCUUCGGCAUCCUCCCGACCCAGCUGCCUACCAAGCCCCUCUAAGCCUUGAGGUGUGGGCUUGUCGGUGCGAGUUGUUGUACGAUAUGGAUACCUUGACUGCAU